UGUACGACACACGCUAUUGAUUUCCUUUUAUUUGUCAUGAAGUUAAUAAGUACCAUCAUGGUUUUUUUUUAAGCCAGUCCCUCUUUCUGAAGCUUCUUUUAAAUAAAUAAACAGUUCCUGUUAAAUCCUUUCACUUGAUUUUGUUCUCUGGUUCAACGCUCAUCAUGGGAUUUUCCCUCCUCUGGAGUUGGCUUGCUGCACUUUUAUGUCUCCUCUUUUUCGGAGGAGAGGUUCAGUGUGAUUGCACAGAGGAGAACAUGCAAAUGCAAGGAGGUACUUACACACUGACCAAGCAGCUGGUGAAAGGGAGCAUGUUGAUCUACAACUGUCCCGAGGGCUACUAUCCGUACCCAGUUUUGACCCGCCUGUGCCAGCAUAAUGGCAGCUGGAGACAUGCGGCGAGGAAAUUCAACCCUCAGAGAUGCAAGAUUGUUGAAUGCCCCGACCCAAAUGUGUUUGAGAAUGGAGAAGUCUCCCCACCCCAGGACAAGUACUUUGUGAACAAUGAGACCACAUAUGAGUGCUACUCCGGAUACACAAUGAGAGGCUCAACCAGACGUGUGUGCUUACCAAAUGGGAAGUGGAGCGGCUCCACUCCCAUCUGUAGCCGGGACUCAGGACACACUUGUGCUGAUCCUGGUGUCCCAGCUGGCGCCUCAAGAACAGGGAACUUAUUUGGAAUUGACGAGAAGGUGAAAUACAGCUGCAACAGCAACCUGUUUUUGGUUGGGUCCAGUGAUCGAGUUUGUUUGGAGAACGGCCAGUGGACUGGCAAAGAGCCAGCGUGCUACUACAAACACACCUAUGACACUUCACUGGAGGUUUCAGAGGCAUUCGGCAGCGCUAUCAAAGAGAGCCUCACCACUUUACAGUCUCUCAAUGACACACAGGCGGGGAAAACAAUCAGGAUUUCCAAAAAUGGGACGCUGAACAUUUAUAUAGCAGUGGAUAUUUCUGAGAGCAUUGAGGAGGAAGAAGUCCAAAAAGCAAAAGAUGCUAUCAUAAAACUGAUCAAAAAGAUUUCUUCCUUUAACGUAGAUCCAAACUAUGAAGUGGUCUUUUUCUCCUCUGAAUUGUACGAAGUUGUCAACAUUCUUGAUUUUUUCGAUAAAAAAGUUGAACGAAGCACCAUCAUUGAGAAAUUGGAAAAUUUUGAAGUGGGCGAAAAGAACACUGGAACAGAUCUGAACCUCAUCUUUAUGACAUUCCUGGAGCGGAUGGCUGUUAUAAAGCAACGAGUGGGAAAAGAGCUUUUUAAAGAACAUCGCCACGUCAUCAUCGCAUUUACAGACGGUGCUUAUAAUAUGGGCGGUUCUCCUGAUCCCACAGUGGCCAGAAUAAAAAACAUGGUAUACAUGAACCACACUGCUGCAGAGGAGACUCCUUCAAGGGAAGAAUAUCUGGACAUUUAUAUUUUUGCGAUUGGAAAAGAUAUCUUUGAUGAUGACCUGCAGCCCCUCGUAACGGGGCUGGGUGGAAGGCACUACUUCCGAAUGAAGGAAAUUAGAGAGUUACAAGAGACCUUUGAUGAAAUAAUUGAUGAAAGUGAAGUUCAGGGUCUUUGUGGUCUUCACAAGGAGUAUGAAAUAGUGGGCAACCCACAAGACGUUGCAAGGAAAAAGUAUCCAUGGUGGGCAUCCGUUACUGUCCAGAAUGAAGGCCGUUCGAAGAAAUGCAUCGGCUCUCUGGUGAACCCUUACUUUGUCUUGACCGCUGCUCACUGCUUCACAUUUGGAGAUUUACCGGAGCACGUAAAAGUUGAAAUUAAUGAUGGACAGGGCAUAGUGAAAAAAGUAAAAAACUUCAUACCACACCCAAAGUACAAAAUUCACAGUAAAACGGAAGAAGGCGUGGCAGAGUUUUAUGACUAUGAUGUGGUUCUCAUCCAACUGGAAGACUAUGUUCACAUCUCCAGUUCAGUGAGACCUAUUUGCAUACCUUGCACCCAGGAGACCAGUGACGCUCUGAAGCUGGUUGGAGAAUCCACCUGCAAGCAGCAAGAGGAGCUGUUGCUGAAAAAUGAUCUGGAAAGACUCAGUUUCCUGACCAAGAGAGGAUCAGCGGUUGAGGAAAAAGAUGCCCACGCUAAGCUUGGUGGGAAUAGACAGGAUUGCAUCAAGCAUGCUCUGGAGGCACCCGGCAUAACGGCGACUGAUCCAAAGGUUCCUGUGACGGAUAACUUCCUGUGCACUGGAGGUCUGACUCCUUACAGGGAUCAUGUGGCGUGUAAAGGUGACUCUGGGGGUGCUGUGUUCAAGAACUAUGAGCAUCGUACGAUACAGGUUGCGCUGGUCAGCUGGGGAACAAAGGAUCUGUGCAAGUCGGGGGGCGGUAUCGUCGAGUCUGAUCAGACCUCCAGAGAUUUCCACAUCAAUCUUUUCAGAGUUGUCGAUUUCCUCAAAGAAAUUCUUGGAAAUGACGACCAGGAUGAAUACUCAACACUUGAGUUUUUGAAGAACUGAAAUGUAUUUUCAUUCUGUAAUCAGUUUUGCCAUUUCAGUAAUAUGUUUUGUUUAUACUGUAUGUUCAAACACACUGGCAUGUGAUGUGUUUGAAUCUUCUUUUUUCAGAUUGUGCGUUCAAAAUUAAAAGGUAGCGAUAUUCAGUUAACCUUUAAAAAGCAUACAUACAUACACGUUUAUUCUCAAGUUGCUCAAUUAGUGAUUUGUUAUGCCAAUCUGUAUCCUGUCAUCAUUAUUCGGGAUUGUCAUGGUCAACCUGGAUGUAAUAAAUCACUAUGAACCUG